AUGUCAGUCAGAAUGGCUCCUCCUUUUCCUCUGAUCUUUCUGCUUGUGAUUCACAGGGUUUCUAGUGCUAAGCAGAGUGUGAGUUACAGUCAUUCACACAUUUGUGCACUAGAGAACUCAUCAGUGAUAAUGAGCUGCACUUAUACAUACCCUCCUGGACAUCAGAUCAUGAAUGUGUUCUGGACCAAAGGCUCUGCAGAAAAUGUAGAGCCUCCAGAUCUGUCUGAGGACCCUGAAUACAGUCAGAGGCUUCAGUAUCUGGGAGAUAAACAGAAGAACUGCACCAUCAGACUGAGUCAUGUGACACAGAAGGAUUCACACAUGUACUAUUUCAGAUUUACUAUAAAUAAACCGGAUAAGAAAUGGACUGGUAAACCAGGAGUGAAUCUUACUGUCACAGAUCUUCAGGUGGAGUCUCCUGAGAGAGUGACAGAGGGAGAUUCAGUCCGUCUGACAUGUAAAAGCAGCUGCGCUCUGACUGACAGAGCAACAUUCAUCUGGUACAGAAACUCACAGCCAUUAACUGAGAGAAGAGACAGAAACCUGAGAUCUGGAAGAAUCUACAGCAUCUCAAACAUCAGCUCUGAUGACAGUGGAGAAUACAAGUGCAAGUCCAGAAAUGAACAUGGAGAGAAAUACUCUGAUGCUGUGACUUUAAACAUCAUGUACCCACCUAAAAGCAUCUCAGUGUCCAUCAGUCCAUCUGGUGAAAUAGUAGAGGGAGAUUCAGUGACUCUGAACUGCAGCAGUGAUUCAAACCCACCUGCAGAAAUCAGCUGGUUUAAAGGAGGGACGUUUGUAGGAUCUGGAAGAAUCUACAGCAUCUCAAAGAUCAGCUCUGAUGACAGUGGAGAAUACAAGUGCAAGUCCAGAAAUAAACAUGGAGAGAAAGACUCUGAUGCUGUGACUUUAAACAUCAUGUAUCCACCCAGGAGUGUCUCAGUGUCUGUCUCUGGUGAAAUAGUGGAAGGAGAUUCAGUGACUCUGAUCUGCAGCAGUGAUUCAAACCCAUCUGCAGAAAUCAGCUGGUUUAAGGAGGAUCAAAGCUCCUCUGUUGGAUCUGGACAGAGUUUCAGUGCACUACAGAGUGGACGCUUCUACUGUGAGGCUCACAAUCAACACGGAUCUCAGAGAUCAGACGCUGUUACUGUCACUGUUAAAGGACAUCUGGUGACAUUGUACAUAUACGUUGUAGUGAUUUGUGGAGCUGCAGUUAUCAUUGUGAUGUUGGUGAUUUGGAGAAGCAGGGGGAAAAAGAAAAAAGACAAACUCGAAACUCAGAUGAAUCAUUCCAGACCUGGUGAUGACAGAUAUAAAGUAUCUGAUGUUGAGAUGACUGAAGAUCUGUAUGAGAAUAUGAUACAUUCCAGACCUGCUGAUGACGGAUAUAAAGUAUCUGAUGUUGAGACGCCUGAAGAUCUGUAUGAGAAUAUGAAUCAUUCCAGACCUGAUGAUGGCCAAUACAAAGUAUCUGAUGAUGAGACGACUGAAGAGCUGUAUGAGAAUAUGAAUCAUUCCAGACCUGAUGAUGACAGAUGUAAAGUAUCUGAUGAUGAGAUGACUGAAGAUCUGUAUGAGAAUAUUAAUCAUGCAAGACCUCAUGAUGAUAGUCUUAAAGGUAAUGACAUUGAGUCGACUGAACCUGUUUGAGAAUAUAAUGCAUGGCAGGCCAUAGUAUUUGGGACACUUGGCAAAACAUUUUAUAGAUUUAAAUUUUUCUUUUCCUUGUUUUUUUUUUCUUUUUCUCUCUGUCUCUCUGUGUGUGGAUCCCUUAACAAUUGACAGCAUUGCCUUGAUUUAAACAAAUUAAUUUAGCAGUUGACCCUUCGCAAAAAGCUUGAUUAACAGGACCAAUCAUAAUGCCAAAUCCAAUUUAAGACAGGAGGGUAGAUUUACUUUGGUGGGCUUGAAAAUUGUGUGUAUUGACAUCUUUCUGCAGUUGAAAAAAAUAGGUUAACAUUAAAGAGCCACAAAAUGGUAUUUAUUGUUUAAAUCACUUAAAAAUUUUAAAUUUGAAAGCUGAGCCUUUGUUUCAUAUAAGAAGUAAAUUACUUUGUCUUGUCUGUCGGCAUGUUGUCAUUUCCCUCUUUGCUCUGCGAUGUAUUUUUCACUGCACGAGAACAUGUGUAGUGUGAGAGCGGCAUGGCUUGUCAGACUUGCCAACAGUUACUUAAGAGGGCAGGUUUUUGCGAAGGGUCAUUUAGUUUUAUCCAGUGUGACUUACAAAUGAUGUGCCUUAAAGGUACUGUAACUUUAUUUGACUGUACUAAAGCAUAAAAAUACCAUAUGAAUUAUGAAAAUCUUAAUUUAUAACAAACAAAAAUAAUAUAAUCAUGUAAGAUCUCAUUGUAUGUAUAUCUUUAAACACAAUGCAUAUUGUAAAUUCUGCCUAAUAAGUGUAUUGCCUUUUUAUUAAAUUGUAUUUUCAU